AUGUGGGUGUAUCGAUCCUCAGCAGAGGCGGAAGAUAUUCAACUUUCCACCAUGAUUUGACCAGAUGUAUGCGAAUCAUCGUGAAGAGAUGCGGUCUAGGUUACUCUCUGUGGCCUCUGGCUCAUCACCCUUGGAGAACUAUGUUCAGCUCAUUUCUGCUGUUGUCAUUAUCUUCGAACACUCUUUCUACAUUUCCGACAAGCGGUGCUAUCUUCAGGACAAGCAGGAAUCUAUUCACUCUUUUCGUGUCGCUCUCGAGCAGUACAUUGCGUCUCCGCAUGCAGCUGUUGUCAGGGAAGGUGUGAGCCCUGCCGUCCAGGCAUAUGAGGCAGCUGUCACUACUGCUGCCCUCGCAUAUGAAGAAGCUAUGAGGACCCUUCCUGUUUGGAUAGCGAAGUUACCGUUGGAACGCUUCAAGAGGAAGGCAAAAGAAGCCUUUGAACGCCCUCAUGAGAAGGAGAAAGAAUCUUUGUGUUCUCAGGCGAGGGCGGAGUUAACCAAGAAUAUUCUUGAAAUUACUUUAAAUCAUCGCCUGCCAAGACCUUAAUGUUGGGCAAAGCAACGCAACAUCGAUGAUGUUCUGGUUCGGAUGGAAGCUGAGCGCUGAGGCGUCUCGGCUGCGAAUGCAGGUUGCUUGAAAGGUCUGUCGUGGUAGAUUCAGGAUGUGGAACUGUACGAAAUGGUUGUAUGAUCAUGCAAUAUG